AUGCACCCACGCAUAGCGAUAGUCGGAGCAGGUCCAUGUGGUUUGUAUCUGGCCAGGAAUCUAAGAGGACACGUGUUACCAGGUGCGCGUGUGGACCUUUUCGACCGAUUACCGCAAGCUUUAGGGCUCCUCCGAUUUGGAGUUGCACCAGAUUCUUUGUCGAUUCGCCGCAGUGCUACUCCUUUGCUGGCGAAUACGAAGGAGCGAUUCUUCUUCAAUGUGCGUGUGGGCACAGAUCUCGGCAUCGAUGAGUUAAUGCGAUAUUAUCACGUAUGCCUGCUUUCAUGCGGAGCCGAGUCUCCACGCCCAUUGUCUAUACCUGGGGAUAGUUGCGAAGGAGUAUUUGAUUCGCUAGACAUUAUUCGUUCUUAUAAUAGUCACCCCGAUGCCCCUGAAUGUGUACGGUCUUAUUUCCUCAGGCUCGCAAAAUUGGGAAGACGUGUGACUGUUAGCAUAAUUGGCAACGGUAAUGUUUCUCUGGACAUAGCUCGCAUCCUUCUUACCCCUGCCACCUUCUUGGAAAGAACAGAAAUAGACAAGACAUUUCUGCACAACUUACGCAGCGUUGAUAUCGCUGCUGUGACAAUUAUUGGACGUCGCGGUAUCUUUCAGUCUUCAUUCACAAACCCAGAGUUGCGCAAGAUCACGGAAACGAAUUAUUUCUCCCCCAUCACCCAAAACCACUCGGUAGAACGUUCUUUGGUUUAUAAGCCCCCUGUUCUUGAUCGCCGAAUGCGUAGAAGACUUGAAUUUUUCAAUGGUAUUGCGCACGACAACUUUGAGGCAGUGCACACACCAAGAACUCUGCACUUCGACUUUUUUAAAACAGUUAAUUCGAUAGAAGGAGGGAAGGAUUCAGCCAUUAGUGCUAUAGUUUUAGACGAGAACAGGCUAGAUGACCGUUUAAACGCACAUAUCACUGGCAAACUGACUAGUCUGAAGUCAGACAUGCUAAUCAAAUGUAUUGGAUUUCAGAGAAGCGAAGAGUCGGAUGUAUUGCUGAGAAGCGUUGACUUAAAGCGCAUUUUUGGUUGCGGUUGGUUCGCUACUAAUGGGCAAGGCGAUUUAUCGGCCACUCUGGCUGCGACAUUGCAAUUAUCGAGAAUUAUCGCAUCCCUGAAUUUUGACUUCCCGGUAGAAGCCGACAUACAAGAUCUGUUCGUUCGAGACUCGAGGUUCAGCCAUGUCAGAGUUGGUAGCGCUGGAUGA